AUGUCAUUAACGUUACUGGAGACGGAUGACAGCUAUGACUUUGUUUUUAAAAUAGUUUUAGUGGGAGAUGUAGGUGUUGGCAAAACUUGUGUGGUUCAACGGUUCAAGACUGGCAAUUUCAUGGAAAGACAAGGAAAUACCAUCGGAGUGGACUUUACCAUGAAGACAAUGGAUAUUCAAGGGAAGAGAGUGAAGGUUAGUAGCUAUAGAUAAUAAUAAUAAUAAUAAUAAUAAUAAUAAUAUGCCAUUUAGGAGACUAUAGAUAAAGUAGCCUGAUGUGAAUUGCCAUAGCAUAGCCUAGCCUAGGUGACUGUUUCCCAAAGUCAACAAUAGACAGUGGCGUGUAUUCAUGGAUGCCGAGGGAAGCCAGGCUUCCCCAAAAAAUGGACCCCCCAUAAUUUCCAUUCAAUUCGCAAGAGGCUGAAUGUAGUCUAUCUCACCGGAGAAAGCAACCGACCGAGCGAAACAGUGCCCCUGUGUCUCUGUGUGUGUAGGCCAUCUAUCUGAUGCUGUGUGACAUUAUUGCCGCCCGUAGCAUUGAAUCUAAGGGAAGCCAGCGAGCAUUUGCAAUAGGGUCCAGCUGCGACGUCAUCCCUCAGGGGCUCUAUACUGCCACCUACUCACUAUAUAUACAACAGUAUGUGGACACCCCUUCAAAUUAGUUGAUUUGGCUAUUUCAGCCACACCCGUUGCUGAUCGGUGUAUAAAAUCGAGCACACAGCCAUGCAAUCUCCAUAGACAAACACUGGCAGUAAAGUGGCCUUACUGAAUAGCUCAGUGACUUUCAACGUGUUAGGCCCCUUAGUUCCAAUGGAGAUAAAUCUUAACGCUACAGCAUACAAUGACAUUCUAGACAAUUCUGUGCUUCCAACUUUGUGGCAACAGUUUGGGGAAGGCCCUUUCCUGCUUCAGCAUGACAAUGCCCACAUGCACAAAGCGAGGUCCAUACAGAAAUGGUUUGUCAUGAUCGGUGUGGAAGAACUUGACUGGCCUGCACAGAGCCCUGACCUCAACCCCAUCGAACACCUUUGGGAUGAAUUGGAACGCCGACUGCGAGCCAGGCCUAAUCGCCCAACAUCAGGGCCCGACCUCACUAAUGCUCUUGUGGCUGAAUGGAAGCAAGUCCCCCGCAGCAAUGUUCCAACAUCUAGUGGAAAGCCUUCCCAGAAGAGUGGAGGCUGUUAUAGCAGCAAAGGGGGGGACCAACUCCAUAUUAAUGUCCAUGAUUUAGGAAUUAGAUGUUCUACAAGUAGGUGUCCACAUACUUUUGGUCAUGUAGUGUAUGUCAUCUCUCAGUGCAGUGCAUCUCUCAGGAAAAGUGGGUGUUUCGAAAGGAGAGGGCGUGUCGAAAGGAGAGGGCGUGUCGAAAGGAACCAUAUAAGGAGAAGUGGGCGUUUUGAAAGGAACCAUAUUUAUUAUUUAUUUUUAUUUUACCUUUAUUUAACUAGGCAAGUCAGUUAAGAACAAAUUCUUAUUUACAAUGACGGCUUACACUUGAUAAAAAAAUUAUAAAAUAAUAGCCAAUCAGCGUUGAGCUCAACUGUGAAUGGUCCUGGUGCACCAAAAAAAAGGUCAAAGGGAAGACAGUUUGGAUUUACCGUCACUUCUAUCAAAUCGCAUCGAGAUCAUAGGUUAUUGACAGAAACAACUUGAAUUGUUGCAUCUUGUUGUGUUGUUGUCCUCUGGUGGCUAGCUAGCUAGCUAAAAUUGGCCCUUUCCUAAAUUAGCAAUGGAUGGAGACAGGGAUUUGGACUGGUGGUUUUACUUAAUUCUCCUUCCUGGCCAGUGAUUAUAACGGCAAUUCUGAUCCAACCAUUAAUCCAUACAUUGUGCCCCUGGCCUGAGAGGAUGGAAGUUCAAUAUGUAGCUAGAGGUAGAAGGCUAAUGUUAACUAGCUGACGUUGCCCAUGAAAGGAAGUUAGGCUAGCGAGCAAGCAUUUUAGCCAGGUAGCCUAGGACAACAAAAAAAUAAAAGUGUGUACUGUAUGACAGAGUGACAGACCGUUUCAUCAACAUGAUGGCGUUUCUCUACCAGUAGGGUGAGUCAACAUGUUUCUUUCUACUUGCAAGCACACAGACGCACACUCACACACAGAAAUCAGAAACAUGGACAGCCACAUCAUAUUUAGCUUAGGUUGAUUGGACUAAAUUGUUUUAGGUAUCUUUUGGUUGUCCCUGUAUUAGACUAAGCAGAGGUGAUUUGAUGAUGUUGAAAUGGAGCUGGAAUAGUGGAGGCAGCUCCUGGUUUCUUUGAGACUUGCAUUAACCUAACUCUCCGUCCAAGUUCUCCCACUAAAAAGAUGAGAGAGGCCUGUAAUUUUCAUCAUAGGUACACGAUUGGUGGCUGACUAAAUACAUUUUUUCCCCACUGUAUGUAUUUGUUCCCUUCUGGCUUGGCUUCCCCAGGCAAUAGGCUACUGUACUGGAGGAUAUUGGAAAUGUCAUGACAGGGUUGUUGUUGUUCUCUGCUCCUGUCAUGUAUGUAAACAAGCACAGCAUAAACGUAAGGCUGCUGUAACAUGUCAAUCUUUCAGUGUGUCAGUCAGCGUGUCUACUGACGUGAUAUUCCACCUUGUCAAUCUAACAACAUUUACCAUGCCUAGUAGUCUACCUACCACAAGGCAGAGAGCGAGCAAACCUCUCCCUUGUCUGAUAAUAUCACUGUAUUGAAUGAAAAUCAGGACAAACAUGUCAUAUAGUAGGAUAUAUAUACUGCUCAAAAAAAUUAAGGAAACACUAAAAUAACACAUCCUAGAUCUGAAUGAAUGAAAUAAUCUUAUUAAAUACUUUUUUCUUUACAUAGUUGAAUGUGCUGACAACAAAAUCACACAAAAAUUAUCAAUGGAAAUCAAAUUUAUCAACCCAUGGAGGUCUGGAUUUGGAGUCACCCUCAAAAUUAAAGUGGAAAACCACACUACAGGCUGAUCCAACUUUGAUGUAAUGUCCUUAAAACAAGUCAAAAUUAGGCUCAGUAGUGUGUGUGGCCUCCACGUGCCUGUAUGACCUCCCUACAAUGCCUGGACAUGCUCCUGAUGAGGUGGCGGAUGGUCUCCUGAGGGAUCUCCUCCCAGACCUGGGCUAAAGCAUCUGCCAACUCCUGGACAGUCUGUGGUGCAACGUGGCGUUGGUGGAUGGAGCGAGACAUGAUGUCCCAGAUGUGCUCAAUUGGAUUCAGGUCUGGGGAACGGGCGGGCCAGUCCAUAGCAUCAAUGCCUUCCUCUUGCAGGAACUGCUGACACACUCCAGCCACAUGAGGUCUAGCAUUGUCUUGCAUUAGGAGGAACCCAGGGCCAACCGCACCAGCAUAUGGUCUCACAAGGGGUCUGAGGAUCUCAUCUCGGUACCUAAUGGCAGUCAGGCUACCUCUGGCGAGCACAUGGAGGGCUGUGCGGCCCCCCAAAGAAAUGCCACCCCACACCAUGACUGACCCACCGCCAAACCGGUCAUGCUGGAGGAUGUUGCAGGCAGCAGAACGUUCUCCACGGCGUCUCCAGACUCUGUCACGUCUGUCACGUGCUCAGUGUGAACCUGCUUUCAUCUGUGAAGAGCACAGGGCGCCAGUGGCGAAUUUGCCAAUCUUGGUGUUCUCUGGCAAAUGCCAAACGUCCUGCACGGUGUUGGGCUGUAAGCACAACCCCCACCUGUGGACGUCGGGCCCUCAUACCACCCUCAUGGAGUCUGUUUCUGACCGUUUGAGCAGACACAUGCACAUUUGUGGCCUGCUGGAGGUCAUUUUGCAGGGCUCUGGCAGUGCUCCUCCUGCUCCUCCUUGCACAAAGGCGGAUGUAGCGGUCCUGCUGCUGGGUUGUUGCCCUCCUCCACGUCUCCUGAAGUACUGGCCUGUCUCCUGGUAGCGCCUCCAUGCUCUGGACACUACGCUGACAGACACAGCAAACCUUCUUGCCACAGCGCGCAUUGAUGUGCCAUCCUGGAUGAGCUGCACUACCUGAGCCACUUGUGUGGGUUGUAGACUCCGUCUCAUGCUACCACUAGAGUGAAAGCACCGCCAGCAUUCAAAAGUGACCAAAACAUCAGCCAGGAAGCAUAGGAACUGAGAAGUGGUCUGUGGUCACCACCUGCAAAACCAGUCCUUUAUUGGGGGUGUCUUGCUAAUUGCCUAUAAUUUCCACCUGUUGUCUAUUCCAUUUGCACAACAGCAUGUGAAAUGUAUUGUCAAUCAGUGUUGCUUCCUAAGUGGACAGUUUGAUUUCACAGAAGUGUGAUUGACUUGGAGUGACAUUGUGUUGUUUAAGUGUUCCCUUUAUUUUUUUGAGCAGUGUAUAUCCUGAACACAGGUGAACAUAUGGGAGGUUAUCAGUCCUAUGAUGUUUAACAAUGUGUCGUGACGUGACUUUAAUGUAUGGCGGUUAUUUAUCCAAUCACCCAACUUCCUUUAAUGUAUGACGGUUAUUUAUCCAAUCACCCAACUUCCUUUAAUGUAUGACGGUUAUUUAUCCAAUCACCCAACUUCCUUUAAUGUAUGACGGUUAUUUAUCCAAUCACCCAACUUCCUUUAAUGUAUGACGGUUAUUUAUCCAAUCACCCAACUUUGUUUAAUUGUCACUCUGUUAAAUUAAUCAUGUAACAAUUAACUCAUUAUGAUUUUAGGACACCACGGAAUAAGUUGUUUAACGAGUUACCAUCUCCUGAAUUAAACUCUUAGAAGACAUAUGUUAUAUAUAUCGAUAAGUCACUUAUUAAAUAAUUACCUCUUAUCAGUCUCAUUCUGAACGUCACAUAAUCCUUGAACCAUAAGAACCCUAACCUUAUUGAUGAAUCAGCAAUACACAAAUUGGCUUAUUUAUUUAUUUACUAACUAACUAGCUUUUAUGAAGGAGCACAGUUAGAAAGAUAUGGCAUAUAGAAGCAAACCGGAUGGACAUCAUGAAAAUUAUCAGAGAGGUUGAGAGUAGAAGUAGUUCAGGAGAAAAAAACAAACAAAAUUAUAAUUAUUGUAAAAUUGACUGUGUCCAUAAAAUGUAUAUAGUAUGUAUAAGCUGGAAGUAGAGGCCUAGGCGUUGUUGUUCACUAGUUUACUCCAAUUAGGGAAGGGGUGGUGGGGUUGGAAAGUAAUAGGGGAAUAUUUUUUUUUUUUUAAUGAUGUGUGGUGUGUGUGUGUGUAUAUAUGUAUAUAUAACAAACAAACAUGGGGGAUUGGAAGUGAUGCAGACAAUUACAUUGAUGGAAGUUACAAUCUAUCUGCAAUAUUAAGCUGAUCUUAAUAUUAAAUAAACAAACUAAAUAAUAACACAAUACAAACACACACAGGUUAUUGAUUACUAACAUAAUACAAUGAAAACAGGUCCCCAGUGGACUGGGCUAACAAUAGCAUGAAUGCUUGGGUAGAAGGAGGGUCAGAAUGGAAGGGAGAGACAGAGAUUCAAACUAUCGUGGUUACUUUGGAAACUACGCUACAGUAAUCAUAAUACUUAUGCACCCUAAUAACGCUCAUUCGGAUUAGAAAUGCAACAUGUAUUUACGUGUUGCUGUCCUCGGUAGUUGGGUUACAUUUACAUUUACAUUUUAGUCAUUUAGCAGACGCUCUUAUCCAGAGCGACUUACAGUUAGUGAAUACAUAUAUAUAUUUUUUUAUACUCCCCCCCCCCCGUGGGAAUCGAACCCACAACCCUGGCGUUGCAAACGCCAUGCUCUAUCAACUGAGCUACAUCCCUGCCGGCCAUUCCCUCCCCUACCCUGGAGGACGCUGGGCCAACUGUGCGCUGCCCCAUGGGUCUCCCGGUCGCGGCCGGCUGCGACAGAGCCUGGAUUCGAACCAGGAUCUCUAGUGGCACAGUUUGCACUGCGAUGCAGUGCCUUAGACCACUGCGCCACUCAGGAGUCGAUGAUGUAGGACUCUGGUUUGCCCACCAGAGAUCCCAAUGUCCUUGGUAGAGUUUCUGGUCAUAGUCGUGGUUAGAAUUGAUACUUCACAUGUACCAGCGGUUGUCCUUCCCACUUCGUGUCUUUAGUGAAAGUUCUCUAGACGACUAUACAUGCCAGCUGCAGACUGAGAUGAUAAGGUCUAGUACAUUGUCUCCUUCUUCACCUCGUGUAGAGGUUGAGAGUUUCAGAGUUUCUCCAUUUCAAACGUGUGGACUAACGUCUCAUGUUUUUCUGGUCUUUCUGGUCUUGUAGAAAUUCAACCAUUUUGUAACGUUUAGCUCACGCUUCAUAUCUGCUGGUCUGAGGUGAAUUUCGAGGCUUUUUAUGCCCUCUGGGUAAAAGGGGCGUUGCAUGAUGUUUGUGCUCAUCUGGGCGUGGCCACUGACUUCAUCUGGGCGUGGCCACUGACUUCAUCUGGGCGUGGCCACUGACUUCAUCUGGGCGUGGCCACUGACUGAGAAUAAAUCAAUAUGGGAACCAAUCAUCUCAUCUAGAAUGCUAACAUCACAUUGUUGUUUCACAAAAUUAUUGUUAUACUUAAUCAUUCGUUUUAUACAACAAUUAGAUGGGCUCCCGAGUGGCGCAGCGGUCUAAGGCACUGCAUCUCAGUGCUUGAGGCGUCACUACAGACCCCCUGGUUCGAUUCCAGGCUGUAUCACAACCGGCCGUGAUUGGGAGACCCAUAGGGCGGCGCACAAUUGGCCCAGCGUCGUCCGGGUUUGGCCGGUGUAGGCCGUCAUUGUAAAUAAGAAUUUGUUCUAAACUGACUUGCCUAGUUAAAUAAAGGUAAAAAAUAAUAAAAAUAAUAACUGGAAAGUGUACCCCCCCAGAGAUACAGUUAUGUUGUUCCACCGUCUUUAAUGACAUCACAACAUGUCACAACAGGUAACUGUCAGAUAACUGUGGGAUAACUCUGCGAUAACCCUGGGUUUGGGUUAGGGAUAACUCUGUGAAAUAACCCUGGGUUUGGGUUAGGGUUAACUCUGGGUUUGGGUUAGGGAUAACUCUGUGAAAUAACCCUGGGUUUGGGUUAGGGUUAACUCUGUGAGAUAACCCUGGGUUUGGGUUAGGGAUAACUCUGUGAGAUAACCCUGGGUUUGGGUUAGGGUUAACUCUGUGAGAUAACCCUGGGUUUGGGUUAGGGUUAACUCUGUGAGAUAACCCUGGGUUAGGGUUAACUCUGUGAGAUAACCCUGGGUUAGGGUUAACUCUGUGAGAUAACCCUGGGUUAGGGUUAACUCUGUGAGAUAACCCUGGGUUUGGGUUAGGGAUAACCCUGGGUUUGGGUUAGGGAUAACUCUGUGAAAUAACCCUGGGUUAGGGUUAACUCUGAGAUAACCCUGGGUUUGGGUUAGGGUUAACUCUGUGAGAUAACCCUGGGUUAGGGUUAACUCUGUGAGAUAACCCUGGGUUUGGGUUAGGGAUAACUCUGUGAAAUAACCCUGGGUUUGGGUUAGGGUUAACUCUGUGAGAUAACCCUGGGUUUGGGUUAGGGAUAACCCUGGGUUUGGGUUAGGGAUAACUCUGUGAAAUAACCCUGGGUUUGGGUUAGGGUUAACUCUGUGAGAUAACCCUGGGUUUGGGUUAGGGUUAACUCUGUGAGAUAACCCUGGGUUUGGGUUAGGGUUAACUCUGUGAGAUAACCCUGGGUUUGGGUUAGGGUUAACUCUGUGCGAUAACCCUGGGUUAGGGUUAACUCUGUGAGAUAACCCUGGGUUAGGGUUAACUCUGUGAGAUAACCCUGGGUUUGGGUUAGGGUUAACUCUGUGAGAUAACCCUGGGUUAGGGUUAACUCUGUGAGAUAACCCUGGGUUAGGGUUAACUCUGUGAGAUAACCCUGGGUUAGGGUUAACUCUGUGAGAUAACCCUGGGUUUGGGUUAGGGUUAACUCUGUGAGAUAACCCUGGGUUAGGGUUAACUCUGUGUUGUGUGUGUGGUUGUCCAGCUGCAGAUCUGGGACACGGCGGGCCAGGAACGUUUCAGGACGAUCACCCAGAGUUAUUACCGCAGCACCAACGGAGCCGUCAUUGCCUAUGACAUCACUAAGAGAGGAACCUUCAUGGCCGUGCCCAAGUGGAUGGAGGACGUUAAGAAAUACGGAGGGUCAAACAUUGUACCCCUGCUCAUCGGUUAGUUAUUAGGGUCACAACCUGCUCAUCGGUUAGUUACUAGGGUCACAACCUGCUCAUCGGUUGGUUAUGUUUAGAAUAAGGGUUAGGGUAAGGGUUAAGUUUAGGGUUAGAGCUAGGGUUAGGGUUAGUAUAUAGGUAGUUGAAAUGUUACUGACUGGCCCCUAUGGACUGACUGGCCCCUAUGGACUGACUGACUGGCCCCUAUGGACUGACUGACUGGCUGACUGACUGGCCCCUAUGGACUGACUGACUGGCUGACUGACUGGCCCCUAUGGACUGACUGACUGGCUGACUGACUGGCCCCUAUGGACUGACUGACUGGCUGACUGACUGGCCCCUAUGGACUGACUGACUGGCCCCUAUGGACUGACUGACUGGCUGACUGACUGGCCCCUAUGGACUGACUGGCUGACUGACGUACUGGCCCCUAUGGACUGACUGGCUGACUGACGUACUGGCCCCUAUGGACUGACUGGCCCCUAUGGACUGACUGACUGGCCCCUAUGGACUGACUGACUGGCUGACUGACUGGCCCCUAUGGACUGACUGACUGGCCCCUAUGGACUGACUGACUGGCUGACUGACUGGCCCCUAUGGACUGACUGACUGACUGACUGGCUGACUGACUGGCCCCUAUGGACUGACUGACUGGCUGACGUACUGGCCCCUAUGGACUGACUGACUGGCCCCUAUGUGCUGACUGGCUGACUGACGUACUGGCCCCUAUGGACUGACUGGCUGACUGACGUACUGGCCCCUAUGGACUGACUGACUGGCCCCUAUGGACUGACUGGCUGACUGACGUACUGGCCCCUAUGUGCUGACGUACUGGCCCCUAUGUGCUGACUGGCUGACUGACUGGCCCCUAUGGACUGACUGGCUGACUGACGUACUGGCCCCUAUGGACUGACUGACUGGCUGACGUACUGGCCCCUAUGGACUGACUGACGUACUGGCCCCUAUGGACGGACUGACUGACUGACUGACAUACUGGCCCCUAUGGACUGACUGACUGACUGACUGACUGGCCCCUAUGGACUGACUGACUGGCUGACUGACUGGCCCCUAUGGACUGACUGACUGGCUGACGUACUGGCCCCUAUGGGCUGACUGACAUACUGGCCCCUAUGUGCUGACUGGCUGACUGACUGGCCCCUAUGGACUGACUGGCUGACUGACGCACUGGCCCCUAUGGACUGACUGGCUGACUGACGCACUGGCCCCGAUGUGCUGACGUACUGGCCCCUAUGGACUGACUGGCUGACUGACGUACUGGCCCCUAUGGACUGACUGGCUGACUGACCUACUGGCCCCUAUGUGCUGACGUACUGGCCCCUAUGUGCUGACGUACUGGCCCCUAUGGACUGACUGGCUGACUGGCGUACUGGCCCCUAUGGACUGACUGGCUGACUGACGCACUGGCCCCUAUGUGCUGACUGGCUGACUGAUGUACUGGCCCCUAUGGACUGACUGACUGACUGACUGGCCCCUAUGGACUGACUGACUGGCUGACUGACUGGCCCCUAUGGACUGACUGGCUGACUGACGUACUGGCCCCUAUGGACUGACUGACUGGCUGACGUACUGGCCCCUAUGGACUGACUGACGUACUGGCCCCUAUGGACUGACUGACUGACUGACGUACUGGCCCCUAUGGACUGACUGACUGACUGACUGGCCCCUAUGGACUGACUGACUGGCUGACUGACUGGCCCCUAUGGACUGACUGACUGGCUGACGUACUGGCCCCUAUGGACUGACUGGCUGACUGACGUACUGGCCCCUAUGUGCUGACUGGCUGGCCCCUAUGGACUGACUGGCUGAUUGACGUACUGGCCCCUAUGGACUGACUGGCUGACUGACGUACUGGCCCCUAUGUGCUGACGUACUGGCCCCUAUGUGCUGACGUACUGGCCCCUAUGGACUGACUGGCUGAGUGACGUACUGGCCCCUAUGGACUGACUGGCUGACUGACGUACUGGCCCCUAUGUGCUGACGUACUGGCCCCUAUGGACUGACUGACUGGCUGACGUACUGGCCCCUAUGGACUGACUGGCUGAGUGACGUACUGGCCCCUAUGGACUGACUGGCUGACUGACGUACUGGCCCCUAUGUGCUGACGCACUGGCCCCUAUGGACUGACUGGCUGACUGACGUACUGGCCCCUAUGUGCUGACUGGCUGACUGACUGGCCCCUAUGGACUGACUGGCUGACUGACGUACUGGCCCCUAUGGACUGACUGACGUACUGGCCCCUAUGGACUGACUGGCUGACUGACGUACUGGCCCCUAUGUGCUGACUGACGUACUGGCCCCUAUGGACUGACUGGCUGACUGACGUACUGGCCCCUAUGGACUGACUGACGUACUGGCCCCUAUGGACUGACUGGCUGACUGACGCACUGGCCCCUAUGUGCUGACUGGCUGACUGACGCACUGGCCCCUAUGGACUGACUGGCUGACUGACGCACUGGCCCCUAUGGACUGACUGGCUGACUGACGUACUGGCCCCUAUGUGCUGACGUACUGGCCCCUAUGGACUGACUGGCUGAUUGACGUACUGGCCCCUAUGUGCUGACGUACUGGCCCCUAUGGACUGACUGACUGACUGACGUACUGGCCCCUAUGGACUGACUGGCUGAUUGACGUACUGGCCCCUAUGUGCUGACGUACUGGCCCCUAUGGACUGACUGACGUACUGGCCCCUAUGUGCUGACGUACUGGCCCCUAUGGACUGACUGACUGACUGACGUACUGGCCCCUAUGGACUGACUGGCUGACUGACGUACUGGCCCCUAUGGACUGACUGACGUACUGGCCCCUAUGUGCUGACGUACUGGCCCCUAUGGACUGACUGGCUGAUUGACGUACUGGCCCCUAUGUGCUGACGUACUGGCCCCUAUGGACUGACUGACUGACUGACGCACUGGCCCCUAUGUGCUGACUGGCUGACUGACGCACUGGCCCCUAUGGACUGACUGGCUGACUGACGUACUGGCCCCUAUGUGCUGACGUACUGGCCCCUAUGGACUGACUGGCUGACUGACGCACUGGCCCCUAUGGACUGACUGGCUGAUUGACGUACUGGCCCCUAUGGACUGACUGGCUGAUUGACGUACUGGCCCCUAUGUGCUGACGUACUGGCCCCUAUGGACUGACUGGCUGACUGACGCACUGGCCCCUAUGGACUGACUGGCUGAUUGACGUACUGGCCCCUAUGUGCUGACGUACUGGCCCCUAUGGACUGACUGGCUGACUGACGCACUGGCCCCUAUGGACUGACUGGCUGACUGACGCACUGGCCCCUAUGGACUGACUGGCUGACUGACGUACUGGCCCCUAUGGACUGACUGGCUGGCUGACUGACUGGCCCCUAUGGACUGACUGGCUGACUGACGCACUGGCCCCUAUGGACUGACUGGCUGAUUGACGUACUGGCCCCUAUGUGCUGACGUACUGGCCCCUAUGGACUGACUGGCUGACUGACGCACUGGCCCCUAUGGACUGACUGGCUGACUGACGUACUGGCCCCUAUGGACUGACGUACUGGCCCCUAUGGACUGACUGACUGGCUGACUGACGUACUGGCCCCUAUGGACUGACUGGCUGACUGACGCACUGGCCCCUAUGGACUGACUGGCUGACUGACGCACUGGCCCCUAUGGACUGACUGGCUGACUGACGCACUGGCCCCUAUGGACUGACUGGCUGACUGACGCACUGGCCCCUAUGGACUGACUGGCUGACUGACGCACUGGCCCCUAUGGACUGACUGGCUGACUGACGCACUGGCCCCUAUGUGCUGACGUACUGGCCCCUAUGGACUGACUGGCUGACUGACGCACUGGCCCCUAUGUGCUGACUGGCUGACUGACGUACUGGCCCCUAUGGACUGACUGACGUACUGGCCCCUAUGGACUGACUGACUGACUGACGUACUGGCCCCUAUGGACUGACUGGCUGACUGACGCACUGGCCCCUAUGGACUGACUGACUGACUGACGUACUGGCCCCUAUGGACUGACUGGCUGACUGACGUACUGGCCCCUAUGUGCUGACGUACUGGCCCCUAUGGACUGACUGACUGAUUGACUGACUCUGCAACAGCUAAUGGGAAUCCUAAUAAAAUAUAAAAAAUACAAAAUACCCCAUUGUGUCCUCACCACCUCUCCUCUUCCCCCCUCUCUCCUCCUCCCCUCCUCUCUCCUCCUCUCAUCUCCCCUCACCACCUCUCCUCUUCCCCCCUCACUCCUCCUCCCCCUCUCCCCUCCCCUCUACCUGUCCUCCUCUCCCCUCCCCUCUACCUGUCCUCCUCUCCUCCUCCCCUCUCUCCUCCUCCCCCUCCCCUCCCCUCCUCCCCUCUCUCCUCCUCUCCCCUCCCCUCCCCUCCUCUUCUCACCUCUCUUCCUCUCCUCUGUCCUCCUCUUUCCUCAGGGAAUAAGUCUGACCUGGUGGAUCAGCGUGAGGUGUCGUUAGAAGAUGCCCAGACCAUGGCCCACCAGCUGGAGUUCCUGACGGCCAUCGAGACGUCGGCUAAAGACGCCUCCAAUGUGGACGAGGCCUUUAACAAGAUGGCCGCCGAGCUCAUCCUGCGCCACGGGGGACCCAUGUUCAACGAGAACGUCACGGAAAGCUUCAAACUCAACAGCAAAGACAUGGGCGGAGAGGGCUGGCGCUGUGGCUGCUGAUAGGAGGUUGAGAGAGGACUGUACAUGUUGAUAAUUCAACAGUUUUGCACCAGCUGGGACUGCGGAUAGUGACCAACAGGUUGUGUUGUGAAGAACAUUAUAUUUGUUUUAUUCUGUUUCAGGGACCAGUUGAGAUACUUUUUGAUGUAGCAAUACCUGUC